CUUAAAGCUUAAACUCUUUGUAUGCACUUCCGCUCCACCGCCGGCAAAAUCCACAGAUCCAUCGACAAUGGUAGGAAUUUUUGAAGUCGGCGCCGUUCCGUUUAAUGCCGACGGCUGGGGUCCGCUGGAAUCUUCCACCAACUUGCCAGCCGCCGCUACAACCCUCCCUCUCCACGUUCCUUUUGCUCCCUUCUCCCGCUCCGAAAAGCUCGGUCGAAUCGCCGACUUCACCAGGAAUUUCGCAAAUGCCAACCCAUCGAACCGCCCUACUUCAGGAAAGCCCGGCUCAGCCUCCGAGUCGCCCUUCGAUUUCUCUCUCGACCUCGAUGCUUUCCCUCUUGCAAACCCGGAAGAUGAUUCCUCUUUCCGAUUAGUCGACGCCAAGCCGCCCACUCGGCCUAAAUUUGGCCCUAAGUGGCGAUUCAACCAAAACCGACCUCAACUCCCUCAACGACGGGACGAAGAAGUCGAGGCCCGUAAAAGAGAGGCUGAGAAGGAACGAGCCCGCCGCGACCGGCUUUAUAAUCUCAACCGGUCGAACCAGAACCAGCAACGUCGUGAAGCGGCGAUUUUCAAAUCAUCUGUCGAUAUCCAACCAGAAUGGAACAUGCUCGAUCAAAUCCCUUUCUCAACAUUCUCCAAAUUGUCCUUUACCGUGCCCGAACCAGAAGAUUUACUUCUCUGCGGCGCUCUAGAGUAUUAUGAUCGGUCCUUUGAUCGAAUCACACCGAAGAAUGAACGACGACUCGAGAGGUUUAAGAACAGAAACUUCUUUAAAGUCACCACGACUGACGAUCCAGUGAUCCGAAGGUUAGCCAAUGAGGACAAAGCCACUGUUUUUGCCACUGAUACGAUUUUGGCUACGUUAAUGUGUGCAUCCAGGUCAGUUUAUUCUUGGGAUAUUGUUAUUCAACGUGUUGGGAAUAAGUUAUUUUUCGAUAAAAGAGAUGGGUCACAGUUAGAUUUUCUGUCUGUCCACGAAACAUCUCAGGAACCAUUGCCUGAGGCUAAAGAUGAUAUUAACUCUGCUUAUUCAUUGAGUGUUGAAGCUGCUUAUAUAAAUCAGAACUUUUCACAGCAAGUUUUGCUUAGUGAUGGGGAUAAGGUAUCUUUUGAUGAGCCGAACCCAUUUGCCAAUGAAGGUGAUGAGGUGGCUUCUGUGGCAUAUAGGUAUAGAAGGUGGAAGCUUGAUAAUGAUAUGUAUUUGGUUGCUCGAUGCGAGGUUCAGAGCGUUGUUGAGGUUAAUAAUCAAAAGUCUUUCCUUACUUUGAAUGCACUGAAUGAGUUCGAUCCCAAGUAUUCUGGUGUUGAUUGGAGGCAAAAGUUGGAGACACAAAGGGGGGCUGUUUUGGCCACUGAGUUGAAGAACAAUGCAAAUAAGUUGGCUAAAUGGACUGCUCAGUCAAUUUUAGCUAGUGCUGAUUUGAUGAAAUUGGGAUAUGUUUCUAGGGUGCAUCCUAGGGAUCAUUUUAACCAUGUGAUAUUGGGUGUUGUUGGCUAUAAGCCAAAGGAUUUUGCUGCACAAAUUAAUUUGAACACUGCGAAUAUGUGGGGGAUUGUGAAAUCUAUUGUGGAUUUGUGUAUGAAGUUGAAUGAGGGGAAAUACGUGCUUGUGAAGGAUCCAUCGAAGCCUCAAGUGAGAAUUUAUGAGGUUCCAGCUGAUGCUUUUGAGAAUGACUAUGUGGAGGAACCAUUGCCAGAAGAAGAACAGGUACAGCCACCGGCUGAGGAUGCUGAAGGUGGGGAGGCCAAUGGCACUACAAAUGAUGUUGAAGAAAAAGAGAUUGAGGCACAAACUUAAUGAUUAUUUGAGAAGUAUCCCACAGCAAUCUCAAAGUAGUCCCCUAUAUCCUGCGAUCUGCAAGCUGACUUUGUUAGGGAGGUUUUGUAAGUGCAUUUAUUUUAACUUUCAAAGUGAAACCAAAGCAUGCUCAGAAUUGAUUCUUUGCCUUUGUGACAUUCGUUUUACUUUUUAUUUCUAUGGUCUACCAGAUUUACCAGUUUCUGCA